AUGGGUAUUAACGGUCCAGAACCAGUUGAUGACACUUCUGAUUCGGAAUUUGUUGUUUUAAAUAGUGAAGGAAAUAGGAAUGGAAAUCUUGAAAUGAAUGAGUCUAUGCCAACCUUAUAUUCUGACAUUAAUAACAGUGAGGAUACUACUGAUUUACAGACGGAGGUGACAAACAGUAACGUUGAUAAUAAUAUAGAUCAUAAUCAAAUAGGGCUUUCUCAGGACAUUACGAAUCUUAAUACCCCAUAUAUAAAUCAACAAACGGAAGAGGAGGAAUGUGAACAAUAUAUUUCUGAUCACCUUACUUUAACCCAGAUCUCAAAAAAUAGACCUACUCUAAGAAAUCGUCAUAGUACAUCAAUACAUGGGUCAUCCAAACCAUUAAAAUCAAAUAUUUCAACAGGUCUGUCCUCAGGGAUAUCAUUAUCAUCAUCCUCAGCGGGGGAGGGCAGUAGUCGUAGUGUUAAAGGAAGUCCCAAUUGUAAAAUUAAUGGCAGUAAUAACAUAAAUAAUAAUGGUUCAGAAUAUGAGUGUAAUAUAUGCUUUGAUACAGCAUCAGCACCAGUUCUCACACUUUGUGGGCAUCUAUUCUGUUGGCCCUGUCUUCAUCAAUGGCUAGAAGCGCAAUCACAAAAUCCCUUAUGUCCAGUUUGUAAAGCAGGGUGUGGGCAAGAUAAAGUAAUUCCAAUAUAUGGACGUGGAAAAGAGGCGAAAGAUCCUAGAAAAAAUGCAGAUAUUCCAAAUCGUCCUGCUGGUCAAAGACCACAACCACAACGUGAUAUAAACCAACCUGGAACCCAGUUCUUUCCUGGGUCUUCUUUUCAUUCCGCUGCGUUUGGUCCACAUUUUUCAAUUUCAGCCGGCACAAUAUUUCCAACAUUGUUUGGUGCGCAAUUUGUAAGCCCGUUGUAUAAUCUAUAA